UUCGUAGUUUCCUGGUAACCAUUCAGUCAUCUAUUUCAACACCCUGACAUGACAUAAAGGCAGGCGGUGGAACCACACGUUCACCACUCAGACACACGCCUCCUUGCUGAAGCAUUCGCCCAGUGAGGCGCCCCAUCAGACCAACUAGCUGCACUCAUGAAUCGGCAGUACCCGCAGGAUCACUUUCUGGAAAUAGACAAGAAGAACUGCUGUGUGUUCCGAGAUAAGUUUAUUUCCAAUGUGUUGCCACCGGUGUUGGGGCUGGAGUUUAUCUUUGGGCUUCUGGGCAAUGGCCUUGCCCUGUGGAUUUUCUGUUUCCACCUCAAGUCCUGGAAAUCCAGCCGGAUUUUCCUGUUCAACCUGGCGGUGGCUGACUUUCUCCUAAUCAUCUGCCUGCCGUUCCUAAUGGACAACUAUGUGAGGCGUUGGGACUGGAAGUUUGGGGAUAUACCUUGCCGGCUGAUGCUCUUUAUGUUGGCCAUGAACCGCCAGGGCAGCAUCAUCUUCCUCACGGUGGUGGCGGUGGACAGGUAUUUCCGGGUGGUCCAUCCCCACCACGCCCUCAACAAGAUCUCCAAUCGGACAGCAGCCAUCAUCUCUUGCCUUCUGUGGGGGAUCACUAUUGGCCUGACAGUCCACCUCCUGUACAAGAAGAUGCUGAUCCAGAACGGCAAUGCAUAUCUGUGCAGCAGCUUCAGCAUCUGCCAGAACUUCCGGUGGCACGAAGCCAUGUUCCUCCUGGAGUUCUUUCUGCCCCUGGGCAUCAUCCUGUUCUGCUCAGCCAGAAUUAUCUGGAGCCUGCGGCAGAGACAGAUGGAUCGGCACGCCAAGAUCAAGAGAGCCAUCACCUUCAUCAUGGUGGUGGCCAUCGUCUUUGUCAUCUGCUUCCUUCCCAGCGUGGCUGUGCGGAUCCACAUCUACUGGCUCCUGCACACUUCGGGCACACAGAAUUGUGAAGCGUAUCGCUCGGUGGACCUGGCGUUCUUCAUCACUCUCAGCUUCACCUACAUGAACAGCAUGCUGGACCCCGUGGUGUACUACUUCUCCAGCCCAUCCUUUCCCAACUUCUUCUCCACUUUGAUCAACCGCUGCCUCCGGAGGACGACGACAGGUGAACCAGAUAAUAACCGCAGCACCAGUGUGGAGCUCACGGGGGAUCCGAUCACAACCAGAGGUGCUCCAGAGGCCUUAAUGGCUGACUCCGGAGAGCCGUGGAGCCCCUCUUAUCUGGGCCCAGCGUCUCGUUAAAUAACCAUGCUAAGAAGGGACAUUGUCACCAAGAACCAGGAUCUCUGGAGAAACAGGUGGGCUGCUGCAUCGAGUGGCGUCACUGGACUCGGCCUAAGGUUUCCUGGAACUUCCAGAUUCAGAGAGUCCAAUUUAGGGAAACUGUGGCAGACGAGUGGGAGGCUGGUUACAACGUGUGACCGCAGGAAUCUUGGAACAGAGAGUAAAGCUUCUAGGCAUCUGAAAUUUUUGGUUAAUCUCUCGUGCUUGCAGGACCAAAGAUGGGCAAAUUGUCAGCAUCUCUGCUGAGCAGAGUUAGAGCCAGAGAUCCACUUGUGCCUUGUUGGCCUUCUUCCCUCACCUGCCUGAGACUGGGAGGGUUCUCAGCUCCUGGGGGGAUAUCUAGCCUGCCUGUGGGCUCUAGCAGGGAUAAGGGGAGCUGAGAUUGGAAGGAGUUAUGUUGCUCCUGGAGGGAGCCCAGGCAUCAUUAAACAAGCCAAUAGAAGGUCACCUGGCUUCCGUGGACCAAUUCAUCUUUCAGCCAAGCAUUAGCAGAAAUGGACUUGGCGAAGAGACUCACAUGCUUUGGUUAAUAUCUGUGUUUCCAGUGGGUGUAACAGGGGAUUAGCCUCAGAAGGGACUGAGCUAAACAGUAUUAUGAAAGGAAAGGAAAUGGCAUUGCUGCUUGUCAACCAGCGACUAAUCUAUUCCUCUCUUGUUUAUUCUAAUUGGAAGGCUGAGCAGUUAAAAGGGCUUCAGGAUAGAAAGCUGUUUCCCACCUCUGUUUACUUUUACCAUUAACAGGGCAAUGCGCUGCUGCCCAAUGGUUGGAGGGGGUAAUUCCUCCUGGUUCAUUUGCUUGUGUUUCUUUACUUCCCAUGAAUCUACCAUUUCAAUAAAUGUUGGUAGGAGACA